CUCACAGAAGUAAUAUUUUCCUAUAAAUGGAUAGACGGUAUUAACAAUGCCAGUGCUAUUGUUGGUUGUCGAGCCCAGUUACACUGGGAGUUAUUCGGCGACUAUCAAUCCGUUUCCAUUUACAAGAUUUCAGGAAACGGUAUUGAAUACAACUUGACCAAUAGUAACAGGUACCAUAUAGAAGGACAUCAAGUUCACAGAAUCAGUGUAACCAUUGACAACAUUACAAUGAAUGAUGCUGGUACAUAUAGAUGUCGGGAUAAUGAUAUAACUGAUAAAUGGGCAGACUUAUACCUAACAGUCAAAGAUAAGCUAUGGAAGUAUAGCCCAUCAGUUGUUAGAGCAUGUGUUGGAGAUGAUGUAUCAAUGACGUGGGAGUAUUUUGUUAUUGAUAUUGAUCAACAUAAUAUAUCAGUUUAUAAACAAUCACUUGGAACUACCGAUUUCUAUGCUGAUCAAGGUAAAUGGGAAAAUGGGAUGCUAAUUGUUAAAGGAGACGACCCAAGAAUGAAGUUCAAUAUAACGGAGAGUGAUGAUGGUAGUACAGAAGUAGUGAUGUUAACCAUACAUAACACAAGUAUUGAAGAUUUUAACUUUAUUUAUAACAUGAAAAUACAAUUUAACCACAACUGUGUCAGGUAUGCUGAACCGGUUUCGCUUGUUGAAGCACCGCGUGUUAGUAGUUUAAAGACUGAACUGGCAGGGCGACCAUCAGAAAAUGUUACAUUUGUAUGGACCUAUCGAUAUAGCGCCGUAGCAACAAGCACCAUCUUUAAUAUAUACAAUGAAUUACGUGGACAGGUCCGAAUUGGAUAUUGGACUAAAAACAGAUUUGAAUCAAAUAUAGGAGAAAACCGAUUGCUAUUCGGAAAACUUGCAGUGUUUGGCGGAGAAAAUAUUAUUCUAACCAUAUUAAAGACGGUUGAUGAUGAUUUUAAUACUAUAUAUGGCUGUAAUAUUACAUUUAGUGAUGGACUCUCGGGUUAUAAUGAGACUAAGCUAAUUUUUACUCAAGAUGUAGGACCCAGAAUGAAAGUUCCUCACAACCAGCAAAUGCAUGGCAAAAUAGGCAACAUGAUAACAUUAGUAUUUACAUAUUACUACAGCUUUCCAGCAAUAGGCAUUAACAUCAGCCGUUCAAAUAGCUCCGGAUUUAAAUAUGAACCUGGAGAAGUUAAUUGGAAAAAUGUAUAUUCAGUUAUAGAUGACGGCAGACUGAUCUUUCAUAACCGUUCUAUAUUAGGUGGAGGACAUAUAUCUCUCAUUAUACUGAAUACAACUAUACAAGAUUAUGAUGCUAUCUAUAAGUGUGAAGUUAUAUUUACCAAUAACAAGGUUGUUUCUGCAAUGAUUGAAUUAAUUCUACAAUCUGACACAGUCAUGCCCGAAAAAGAGAAGACGACGACCUUUGAAAGAAGUCUGAUGAUAGCGUCGUUGAUACUUAUAUUAUUAACAUGUUUCAUAAUAGGAAUUGUUGUUCAUAGUCGUAAGCGUAAAUCACGUAUAUCAGCGAUACCUGGGCCUGCCGGUAAUACCACAAGUGAUAGCAAUCAUUCCUACAUUUCAAUGCACAGCGCGGUUGUAUUCAAUGCCAACCGGCGAUCUACUGCAACUCCUACUGAAUCUACUUCAUCUAACGAUACGGAUGCGUAUACCAAUCCUUACGAGCCUAUCAACAGAGGUGGUAUUGAUACCACCAAGAACUUUUAUAUGCCACUACAGAAUUCCGGAACUUGUGAAAUUGACCAAAGUGAUGUUGUCCAAGAAACCAAUGUUGAUGGCAAUUCGGUUACCAAUAUAGAAGAUGUCCAGAUAGCCGAUAAUGAUGGUGAUACAUCGACACAUGACACAGUCGAUGAUGAUGAUACAUCGACUCAUACCUUUAAUCUAUACGAUGCUCUGAACGGAUGUACCGUGAACAAUGAAGUACACAGUUAUAUGUCGCUUCCACCAUGUACCAGAACAGAGUAUGGGAAGAAUGACCUUUCCCCCAAUUCCAGUUUAGUAGAUGACAUAAUGCUUGUGAAAAAAAGACCAUCAACCAUUUAGAUUCGAUUCGGGCAUGUAAGGACUCUCAAAUUAAAUCAAACUGUAUGCAUUUAUUAAGACCAUCCUUAGUUUGAUUAAUUAUUUGUUAAUAUUAUUUUGAUUUUACAUCUGACAUCCGGCUGCCCAAACGUUAAUACCCAGCUGAAUAGGGCCAGGUUACCAAGCGAGAGUUUAUAUAGCAGUGGACUCUUCUUGAUCUGAUAUAUAAUUUUGUUGUCUCUUUCUUGCAAUGUCUGAGCAUAUUGUACAUCGUGUCGCGGGGUUGUCUUUCGUAUUGUGUAUGUGUGGUGCGUUCUGUCUGUACUUACUGUUAGGUGUCAGAAGAUUUGGUAGCUUUUACAAAUUACUACAUUACAGUUGUAUCAUUAUGUACACCAUGUGUACGAGAUGUCAUAUAGGCUAUACCUGUUCCAGAAUCAUUUUCAAUUUGUACACGCCCACAUUUCAGUGUGGGCGUAUUAUGUCACCACCAUGGCCCUUCGUCCGUCAACAAAUCGCUGGUGAACGCGGUCGAGGCUUGCGUUUUACACGGAUUCUUUUUUAGUAUGAAGCAUCAUGUCUAUGAAAGAUGCAAUAGUUUUCGACAGAUUCUUUGAAAAUUUAGUACGAAUCAUUUGGGUCAAGAGAGGACAAACCCUAUCUAUAUUCAGUGUUCCGUGACUUUCUGUUUCGGAGUUAUUCUUCCUUUACCCGAAUAGUUUUGUGAACUCGAUAAAGAAUACAUUUUGUAAUAUUUCUUUUUAAAAUGUGAUUUAAAGCAUUACGGUCAUGAAAGGACGAAUCGUAUCUACUUCCAGCUUUCCACGGUGUUCCGUUCGGUAAUUAUCUCCCCUUUGCCUAAAACCUUAACGUGAUUUAGGUUAGUUUUUAACAGAUUGU